UCUCACGUUUACCAAACAAAAGCAAACGCGCUCUGUUGCACACUGCCGCCCGGCGACCCGUUUUCGGGUUUUUUUCAGCUUCUCUUGUGGAAUUUUAUCAUUUUUAUUGAUUUUUUCUGCAAUACAAUGGAGGUUCAAAGUCUUACAAUAACCACGAAUUAUCCGCCGAAACCCGCAUCUCCAAAUCCGCAGGAUAUCCGUGACACAAUUCGCUCUAACAAAACCAACGAAAACCUUUGGAUACAGAGAAAAGAUGUUGACACGACUUUGCGAAGUGCGCUGGAACAUCUGAAAGCCUGCUGCAUUGUAUUGAAUUUAUCGGCUAAAUGCGAUGAACGUUUGAACGUUGCCGUUAGUCAUGGAACGACUGAAAAAUAUCAGCUAAUGUCGAGAACUGGUAGCUCUGAUAAUCUGAAGGCAGCAGUCACACUUCUGGACGACAAUGUUAUUCAAGCUGAAGUGACCGUAAAGUAUCCUAAAGCUGGUGGUGGAUAUUAUCGAGCAGUCGCACAACCCGACGUCCAAUGGAAACUUCAACAACUUCAGGAUCUUGGAAAUCACAUUUCCAGAGUUACAAUCACUCUCUGCGAUUUACAACAUGAAGUUAAUUUGUUGAAAGGAGAUGGAGAACGAGAUGCUUUCACUCUGGCUACCGGAGCACGUAUUUUGGAGGAACUCAAGCUCACCAUGAAUGAAAUAUCAUUGGCUCGAAAUUCAAUUAUGUUACCUAGAAAAAGAAGCCUGUUGGAGUUGUGUUACUUCCCACCGACCCGGAAAUUUGUUCCACCUCUUCCUCAAGAUCAACUAAUCUCCUUCUAUAUUUCAUGUUGCCGCUUGGUUUGUGCAUCCUACCAAAUGGUUCCGAAGACAGUUCAUCCACAAGGCCUCUCAGUGUUCAUGGCAGAAUCUCAACUUCCACACCUCGACGAUGUCAUCAAGCAUCUGAAUACAGUGAUGGCAAUCUUGCAGAAACUAAUUAAUUAUUUAUCGGCUACUAUGUCGUAGAAUAUAAUUAUUAGAAAGGAUUGUAUAACAAUAGUGAGGACAAUUAGAUGAUACUUCUUUAGAUGUGUACAUAUUAAUUUAUUUCCCCGGAUGUUCAUAUAUUUCAAAGUUGUGUAGUUAUUUCACUUUCCACCAACUCGUCUUGUUUCAUUCCACCCAUGCAUUACUAUAUUUUGGUCAUAAUUUAGAAUGUCAUUAAAAAUAUUUAGAUUUAUGUUUGAA